AUGGCAUCCAAGAAGGACAUGCGGAGGUUGGACCUCGCCAUCCCCUACAUCGACCCUCCCAAGAACAAAGAUGAGCCCGACAUGUCUAGCGCCAUGUCCAGCACCAUGCCUAUGGCUGCGCAGCUGGCUAAUGUUGGUCAAUUCAGGGUCUCCUUCGUUUUCUCGCUUCAGUCCUGGCUUGGUGAGACUCCAGACCAGAAGAGAACAGCUUCGACUCCGGCCUACAUGUCCGUCUUGAUGUCCUACCCCUUCGCCGAAGCUGACGAAGACACCGGCGAGACUAAACAGUCUCAAAAUUACAUCCAUAUACGGAUUCAACAGCGCAAUGGUCGUAAGACCUUGACUACCGUCCAGGGUCUUCCUAAGAAGUUCGAUCAGAAGAAGAUCUUGAAGGUCAUUAAGAAGAAGUUCGCCUGCAAUGGCACCAUUGUCAACGACACUGAGAUGGGCGAGGUGAUUCAGCUGCAGGGAGACCAGCGUAAAGAUGUUCAGGAGUUCUUGACCGACAAGAAGGAGGGUCUCGAGCUGGACGCCAAGACCAUCAAGGUCCACGGUUUCUAA